GAGAGAGAGAGAGGAAACACCGACACACCGACUCGACGCCGUCUUCCUCCACCAGCCGCGGAGGCCUCACUCCGAGAUAAAACUUUUUCUUUUCCUCUCAAACUUUUCCGCCUCCACCGUCCGCACCGCACCGACCCGCGGUCCGGAGCCGCGCCCGCCCAGAGGAGCCUCCAGGGCGACCCUCCCCGCCCCGGCUGAACCGGCGGCGGACUCCGGGACACCGGGACUCCGGCCGAUGGAGGGUGCCUGCGCUCGGGACUAGAGCCCCAGAAGAGAGCUGCUGGUUCGGACCGGACGGUCGACAGGAUGUUGGGGAACCCGGGGACGUACGCGAACAAGAAGAGGAAGAAGCCCGUCCUCAAACAGAAGAAGAUCAGCGACGGCAAUGAGGUCGUCAAGUCGAAUCCCUCGAAGCGCCACCGGGAUCGGCUGAACGGGGAGCUGGACCGGCUCAUGGACCUGCUGCCCUUCUCCGAGGAGGUGCGCUCCCGCCUGGACAAGCUGUCGGUGCUGCGCCUCAGCGUGGGGUACCUCCGGGUCAAGAGCCACUUCAGGGCGACCAUAAAGGCCAACAACGGCGGGCUGGCGGUCCCCGGAGUCAACGGGCAGAGCAGGAGCAACGUGGAGGCGGCGCCACUCUCUGAAGGAGAGCUGCUCAUGCAGGCGCUGAACGGCUUCGUGAUGGUGGUCACCUCGGACGGCCUGGUCUUCUACUCCUCUCCCACCAUCAAGGACUACCUGGGCUUCCAUCAGUCGGACGUGAUUCACCAGAGUGUGUUUGACCUGAUCCACACCGACGACCGCUCCAUGUUCAGAGAGCAGCUGCACUUCGCCCUCAACCCUCCUCCUCUGGCCGGGGACGGCGACGCCCCGCAGGGCGGCGGCGGGCCGGCGGUGACGUACCGCCCGGAGCAGCUCCCCCCGGAGAACUCCUCCUUCCUGGAGAGGAGCUUCGUGUGCCGCUUCCGCUGCCUCCUGGACAACUCCUCCGGCUUCCUGGCGCUGAAGUUCCAGGGUCGGCUGAGGUACCUGCACAGCCAGAGCGUGGCGAGCGGCAGCAGGCCCCAGCUGGCGCUCUUCGCCAUGGCCGUGCCCGUCCAGCAGCCGUCCAUCGUGGAGAUCAGGGCCAAGAUGCUGCUCUUCCAGUCCAAACACGGCCUGGACUUCACGCCCAUGGGGAUCGACAGCAGGGGGAAGAUCAUCCUGGGCUACUCGGAGGUGGAGCUGUGUAUGAAAGGCUCCGGGUAUCAGUUCAUCCACGCAGCGGACAUGAUGUACUGCGCCGACAACCACAUCCGCAUGAUAAAGACCGGCGAGAGCGGCCUGACCGUCUUCAGGCUCCUGACCAAGUCGGGCAGCUGGGUGUGGGUCAAGUCCAACGCCAAGCUCAUCUUCAAAGGAGGACGGCCCGACUUCAUCAUCGCGUAUCAGAGAGCCUUGACGAACCCGGAAGGCGAGGCGUACCUGCGCCAGCGGCGCCUGCAGCUGCCCUUCAGCUUCACCACGGGGGAGGGCGUCCUGUACAACACCACGCCCACCGUGGACCUGGCUCAGCUGCAGUUCAACAAGAUGUUCCAGGACGAGACCUCCGAGAAGAAGCUGACCCCCACCUCGCUGCUGGACUGCUUCCUCAGCCAGGACGAGGCCAUCUACUCCCAGACGGCCGAGGCGCCUCUGCCGGUGGACCAGGUGUUCAUGGAGAGCCGGGCCCUGCUCAGCGUGGCCAGCAACUCCUGGCAGGACGCGGCGGACGCCGCCAAUGGCGGCGCCGUGGUGAAAGAAGAGGCCAAGCAGUCGGUGACGGUUCUGAUCGACAGCCUGGAAAAAAUGGCCGACAGCGGAGACCUGAGCAGCGUUCUGCAGAACCUGGACGUGGACGACGCGGCGCUGAUGGAGCUGGAGGCCGCCCUGAACAGCAUGAGUCAGGGGGAGGAGCAGCCCAGCGCCAUGACCUCUGACCUGGGCGGCCUCCUCACCAACGACAUGUUUGACUACAUCGACAGCGUUCUGUUCAAGGACAAGGCAGAGGACUGCCUGAGCGCCGUUUCCCCGAGCUGCCUCGGCGUGGGACAGGAGGACGCCCCCAUGACCCCCCCGUUCUCCGAGGCCUGCCAGCCUCACCUGUUCCAGACGGCUAAAGGCGGCGCGCCGAACGGCCUGUACCCGCAGCAGCAGGCCGCUAACGGAGGGGGCGUGGUCGAGCCCGCCCCCAUGUUUACUCAGAAACUGUCUCACCAGGGUCCGCUGAUGGCCCCGCCCACCGGCGGCCUGCCGCCCAUCCAGCAGCUGCAGCUGCAGGACAUCUUCAGCCCGUCCAUCGAGCUGCCGCAGCUCACCGUCCCCCCGCCCCGCCUCCAGCCCCACGGCGCCGCGGCGGUCCGGCCGGCCGGCCAGCUCCUGCCGCACGCCGACGUCCCGCCGCCCCUGAUUCCCUCCAAAGACUCCAGCUCCCCUCACAUCCCCGUGCGCCUCUCGGUGUCGUGCGGGCAGGAGAGCCUGCAGGCGUGGCCGCAGGGCCCCCAGGGCCCGCCGCAGACGCUGCCUCAGAACAGACACGACAAGAUGCUCUCAUUCCACCACUCAGACAGCCAGGCCUUCUUCCCCGGGGGUGUGCCCGGACUGAACCACGUGCAGCAGCAGCGGGGGGGCCCGGCGGGGGCCCAGCCGGACGCCCUCAGCAGCUGUAUGUUCUCCGGUCCCGCGCUGGGUGGCGUCACGGCUCACCCGGGCUCCGCGGGCCUGCAGGGGGGAACCACAUAUCAGGACCAGAGUCCUCCGCAGGGGUCCUGCUACUACCAGUGGGGCCACAACGAGCCGGUGGUCGGCACGGCGGUCAUCAACCAGGAGGACGCCAGCGUCAGUCCUCUGAGCGCCGCCUCCAGCAGCCAGCUCCACAUGGACAGCAGCAGGCUCCUGCAGAACGGAGGAAUUCCCCCUGAACACAACGGCUACUUCCUCCGUCCUGCUCACGACGUGGCGGCGUACAUGAUGGAGUAAAGUCCGGCCGGAGGUCGCUGCUGGAGCGCCACCUGCAGGACAGCGAAGGAAGAAGCCCCGGAUGGUUUUUUCACCCUUAUCGGUGCUUUUCCACAGACCCUCGACCUCUGACCCCUUCCGCACCACAUCGACUGUCCGCUUCCUAAGAGCUUGUCCAGCUGUUGCUUUCGUGAAGACACACUAUGAAGACAAUGAAGUAUAUGAAGCCACAGGUGCAUUUAAGGGGAAGCACCCUGAGCCGGCCAGGAGGGGGGAGGGUGUGGGUGUGUGUGUGUGUGGGGGGGGGGGGGGGCACGGAGGGGCCAUCCCAACAGCCAAAGAUGUUUUUUAUAAGGGAAACAAAUUCAUUUCCAGGAAUUUAAUACGUUUUUAUGUAAUCUUUCUUAAAUUUGAUGCUGAGAACGUUAAAACUUUUUCUAUGAGAAUUUGUAAUCUCACAAAACAGCUGUGCCUUCACAAUAUUACUAUUUAAUUAUUAUAAUUAUCAUAAUUUUUAUUACUGCCAUUAAUACACAUUUACCCAUCUGGUUUUUGAAAAAUGAGUCCCUCAAAGUAGUGGACGAAAGUGUAUAAAUAUUCUUUCUUCUUUAUCGAUAUUCUUGCUUUAUCAGUUAUCUUCAGCUUCAAAACCACAGAAUUUGGUUUAUCUGCAGUAAAAAAUGUGCUUUGAGAGAAUCGUGAGUGGAUUCCUGUCAAACAGCUCAAGUCUCAAUAUUUCCCACCGACGUACACAGAUUACAGACAUGUGUUUCACAAAGGGAAACAUCUGGUUUCACUGGCUUCUCAGUCAGGUUGAACUGGACCUGGACCCGGUUUAGACUGGUCUGAGAUGGCUUUGAUGGAUUUGAAAUGGUUUUAAACCAGCUUCCACUGCCUCGUUCUGGUUUAGACUGGCUUUAAACUGGGUCAGACUGGUUUAGACUGGUUUAAAAGUCACUCAUACCGGUUUAAAACAUGUUAUGAACUGGUUCCGACUGGUUCUAGACUGGUUUAAAGUAUGUUCUGAACUGGUUCUAGACUGGUUUAAAGCAUGUUCUGAACUGGUUCUGACUGGUUCUAGACUGGUUUAAAGCAUGUUCUGAACUGGUUCUAAACUGGUUUAAAACAUGUUCUGAACUGGUUCUAGACUGGUUUUAGACUGGUUUAAAGCAUCUUUUGAACUGGUUCUGACUGGUUUUUGACUUAGACCUCACUCGCUGUUUGGGUGUCCAGGUGUAGCUCUUGUGUAAACCUCCAGAAGAACCGGAUUAAACAGGCUUAGGCUGGUUUAGACUGGUUUUCGUACUGGUGUGAGUGGUCGUAACUGGUUUGAAACAUGUUUUAAACUGGUUUAGACAGGCUUAGACUGUUCAGACUAUCCUUAUUUGGGUUAUACUGCUUUUAAACUGGGUCAAUACUGGUUUUAAAUAUGCCUUCAACUGGUUUAAACUGGUUUAAACUGCAAUGGCUCCCCAGUACUACCGUACCUGCCACAGCUUUUAUCGGUCGUCUCUCCUGGACCAAACUGUUUUUGGCGUUUUCAGAAAGGUCGAGUUAGAAAUUCUACUGAACUUGUGCAGAAAUUGGGUGUGCUCGUUCUGUACUCAUCAUUCAUCUCAACUCAAAGCCCGGUGGAGGCUGUGUAGGAGUUCCGGGAAGGUUCAUGCUUCCGCUGAGCGAUCCGCUGAGCCUCGCUCGCUGUGUUCAGACUGUAAACCUGAUAAUCUAACCUUUAAUCUGUCCGUCUGUCUGUCUGUCUGCUGAAGCCAGUCCCAGCUGGUGAGCAGCUCUAAACUCACUGCAAAAUGCACUAAUUAGGAGAAAAGAAAACAGAUCUGAGGUCAGUCUGACUGGAUUAGUUCAUGAGAAGAGGCUUUAAAAAUGGUACUUGUGCUCCAGACUCCACUGUGUUAAUGGUCCCGUCAUCAUUCAUUAAAACCCGUGGCUGCAGCAGUGUGGGGGGUCGGGAGGUCACGACUGCUGGGGUUAUCAGGAGCACGGAAACAUCGUUAAAAUGGAAGAAACUUCACUCCGCUGUGGGGAAACUGUAGGCGUCUGCAGACCACUACAGUUUACUGAUCGCACUGCUUUUUCACAACAGUUUAGAAAGAAGCUCCGCAGUAUGACCUUUCUUUUUCUGCUCUUUGUCCCCUCAGUAUCUGGGAUUUCUGCCCUUUGCCCUUUGUUUGCUUAUGCAACAUUAAAAAAAGACCACCCUUUUUAUAAAAUUGCACUUUUGUUAAAAUAAUCAAUUCCAAUGUGCCCAAAUUACCUGCAUCAGUUUUUACUUGUAUAACCUAUUGUGGAACCAUUUUGACAUGUAACAGCAGUCAAAAAAAUGCUGAAAUAUAUUGACUUGAACCUAAAGUGGCCAAACUUUGAGAUGGUUUAAAUGUUGAGAGGGAUUUUCUCUAGUGUGGCUGAAGACGAGGAAAAUGAAACAACCUGACGGCGGGCUGGUGUCUGCUGUGUAGAGCAAACGCUUCCCACCAAAAACCUGUUUUAAAACUUCAUUCUUUUACAAGGAUAAAUCGUCCUUUUGUAAUGAUAUUCUGAUGACCUAUUUUACUACUAUGAGGGAAUUAUUAUGUUGGAGUCAGACUGAGUCUUGUAGCUCCACUACCCCGUAUUUAUGGGAUAAAUGGACAAAAACUCCAACUAAAUAAUUAUUUUAAACUAAAAUAUACUGCCUUCUCUGGUAAUGAAUGUUGACAAGUCUCCACAGUAUGUAUAGCUAUAUUUUUUUGACCACCAGGGGCCACAAAAUAGAACUGGGAAAACAAUUUGCAUGUGACUGCUACUCGCUCAUGCAGCUCAUUUUGAGCUCCAGCUCUGCUCUCGCCGCUCUUCCCUCUUAAAGCUUUCGCCGUCCUACAUUGCUGUAGUCAUAAUGACUUCGGCCACCAGAGGUCACCAGGAAGCUCCAGUGGGAGGAGGAGCUGUUAAAACCCUUCAGGAUCUGCUGCUUUUAUGAGAAGCUCCUUAUUAAUGAAACCGUUUGCUCGGUGCGACUCCUGGAACGUGAUGCAGACAGUUUUGUUUUGUUUUUUUUUUAAAUCUCGUAUGGAAACAUAUUUAGCAUUUACCCACACUGAGCCAUAUCCAGCAUAACCCUCAUGUUAUUCUUUCUACGCCUUCCUGCUGCGAUAAGUAUGAAUAUAUAGAAAUGUGCCUUCUUGUAGUGAGAGGUUUCUUCCUCUGUAGUUCUUUGUUUUGCACUGAUUUAAGGGAAGCCAUAUCCACCACAGCAGGAGAUACUCUCACGAGAAACGAAUGAGGGCUUCUUGUUGUUGUCGUUUGUUUUUUUAAGUGCAUUUCAGCCUCUGGGGUAAACAAGGAAAAUACACUC